AUGCAGCAGGUCAAAGGCAAGCCCUGGCAGAUCGCCCGUGCCGCCAGCGACUCCACCAACGAGGGAGGAAGUCAAAGCGAGAGCUGGGAGUGGGAAGAAGCUGAAGAAGGUGUGACGCAGCUCAUGCCAUCCAGAGACUUCACAGCCACAGGUCUGCCCUUACGUGAGCGUGACGCUGCGAGGCUUGCUACCAUUGAGGAAGAAGGACCCACUACAAUUGCGGUGAGAGAGGAGCCGACGAGGGUGGCCACCUACGUUGAAGAUGAAGAUUUGUUCCUCGCGGGCAUCAAUCUUGAAGAAGACGAAGGUAGUGAUCCGGAGGAGCUGCGAUUUUCGCUGGAAGACGUUGGCGUCUCCUAUGAGGUGAGCUCAGAGGUCAGCUUCAGUGGAUCCGGGUCCUCGCAAACCGAGUCGGAGGAGGAGGAGGAUUGCUUCAAGUUGUGA